AUCAUAUAUUUUGUGAUUUUUAUUUCGACUGAACAUUUUCGGAUUAAUCGACUUGUAGUAACAUGUCAAUGAGAGUUGGAAAGAUAUGUCAGAGCGAAAUGGCGAUUCAUAACCGGAAAGUAGUUCUUGGUACGAAUGAUGCCUCAUCAGAUGCGUCACGUAUUAGUUUAGGCUCAAGACAUUCGACGCGCUUUACAUUCCACGAGGUUUUGCAGCGUCAAAUAUUAAAGGCCCAAGAAAUGCGAGCACAAUUCCAUGUAUAUGAUUAUGUGUGUGGAGAGUCAAUGGAUGUUACACCGAAACCGAUUACGGUGACUCUUGAUAGGCGGCCUCAUCCUUUACUUGAAAGAAGAGCCCUGCAAAGAAUUGGCGACGACUCGGGAAGUUUUCGCAGUUUACGUAGCGGUACCAGUUCAUUAGUGCGCGGUAAAUCCGGUCGGGCAUUGGGAAUAAAAAUGUCCAUUGAUGAUAUUAUUAUUGGGAUUGGUAGUGAUCGUUUAUUUUUUCAAUUGCACGGCUCCACACUUUCACUUCCAUCGUUUAGUUCAGAUGAAUCUUCGUCGGAGACAGAUGACGCAACCGAUCUUAUAUCUCAGAUGACUAUCCAUCAAUUACCAUUUAUAAGCGUUCGCCUUACAAAGACACACUUAUUUCAACUCUAUAAUCAACUCAGCAUAACGGCAAUGAAAAACACGGACGAUGGCGAAGCAGUUGAAAAAGAUAAUAGAACCUAUGAUUAUUUGACUAUUGGCCGCGGAAGAGUGCGUCGCCGUUCAGAUGCCGAAUGUCAAACUUUGAUGACAUUAAAGAAAAGUCGUGACAUCAACACAACCACAGUCACAACGACCAAUACGGGUACGUUUGUAUCGUAUUAUGAAAUGUAUGAUACAUACGAGGUGUUGGAUAAAUUUCGUUCAUCGUGGGAAAUAAAGUACGAUUUUGACAAAAAUGAACGGAAUCGCAUACAAAAAUUGACAUUAGAAGAACAAUUCCCGGCCAUUAGUCGUCUACGAGCUUUUGAUUUAGCUACUAUGAUAGUUAUGCGCGUGUUGGCGGGUAACGAACAUGGAGAAGCACAGAAACGUUUCCGUAAAAUGAAUUGCGUUGACCGUAUGGUCAAGAAAAUCGAUUACAAUUACUCAUUGGACCCAUUAUUUGUGAUAUAUCCGUUUGCAACCGAUGUACGACGAGCGGUUUGUGAUAUUAGUUUUUGUUACAGUAAUAGUGAUAUUUUAGCUGUUGCUUAUGGAAUUUAUUCAUAUUCGGCAGCGAAAUUGCCUAAAACAGGAGUUGUGUGCGUAUGGAGCAUAAAGAAUCCCUGCGAUCCGGAACGUUAUUUUUACUAUGAUUAUCCGGUAGGGUCAGUUGAGUUUUCACCUUACAGAAGCACAUUGCUGGCCAUAGGUCUUUAUGAUGGUACGGUUCAAGUGCGGGAUCUAACAAGCGCUCAUGGUCCACUUGUGGCUGUAUCGGAACGCAGCACUUCACCUGGCGUAGAUCCUGUAUUGGCUAUUAAAUGGAUUCAACAACCUAAAUCCGAUGAGAGUCAUGAUAUCGAUCCGAUUCUAUCCUUAUCGCAAGACGGUUCAGUUACCAAAUUUAAUAUAAUUAAUAGCCCAUAUUUGGUCGGUUUCAAACAGGCUUUAUUGGAACGCGUUGAGGGUACGCCCGAAGGUAUACCGUUUAAGGAGCCACCAUCAGUUGAGCAUCAGGCUAAUCGACGGCCUCAAGGCCUAUGCAUUACAAAGCAUCCUUUAGAAAAGGAUAUUUUUUAUGUUUUAACGGACGAGGGAUGUUUGCACAAGUGCUCAACCAAUUAUCAAAAUUUAUAUUUAGAACUCGUGAAAACGCACGUAGGCGCUGUAAAUAGCAUGGACUUCUCACCGUGGUCCCCAAAAUUGUUCUUAACAUGCGGAAAUGAUUGGUGUAUACGCAUAUGGAUGGAUGGAAUUUUGACGCCGUUAAUUACUUUAAAAAAUUUAUUUGGACCCUAUCAAUGGGCCGCAUGGAGUCGUACACAUUCCACUAUCAUUAUUGGACUUAAUCGUAAGCAUCUUGAGAUAUGGGAUAUAAGACGUACAAUAUUAAAACCGAUGUCCACAUCGUUUUUAGAAAGCUCUUUUAAUACCACGGCCAAAUUUUCACUUGAUGGCUACUGCAUUGCCAUCGGCAAUGAGAAGGGAAACGUUCAUAUCUGUGCUUUUGACGGUAUGCCUUUUCCAUCAUAUUUUCAAUACGACACCUUAGAGAAAGCCAUACAUAAAGCACUCAUCUCCAAUAAUGAUCUUUUAAUUGAAUUGAAAAGUGUCGGAUAUUUCGGUUACCCGAACAAAGGAUUUGUUAUGCCUCCUUAA